AUGGCUAUUUGCCAUCAAAAUCAGAUAAAGCUCAAAAAAGUGCUCGGCCUCACAGUUUGCAGCAAUGCCGCCUUGGAUAUUUCACCCGUUAACGGUUUGCUGGCCUAUCCAGCAGGCUGCACUGUGGUCCUAUUCAAUGCCAAGCGUCAAACACAGGCCUACCUGGUCAACACCUCCCGCAAAGCUUUCACAUCGGUCGCAUUUUCGCGCUGCGGCCGCUAUGUCGCUACCGGCGAGUGUGGCAUCAAUCCCGCCAUCAAAGUAUGGGAGCUGGACUCGCCGAAUGGCAAUCUCGAGCACACCACCGGCGGCAAUGUGGUUGCCGAAUUUUUCGAUCACAAAUACGCUGUCACAUGUGUGGCCUUCUCACCCACCGGCAAGUACCUGGUCUCCAUUGGUUCACAACACGAUAUGAUUGUGAAUGUAUUCGAUUGGAAAUUGAAUCAAAAAAUGGCCUCGAAUAAAAUCAGCUCCAAAGUCUCGGCACUAAGUUUCGCCGAAGAUGGCAGCUACUUUGUUACAGUGGGCAAUCGUCAUGUCAAGUACUGGUAUAUGGAGGGAGGCCGCAGGUACAAGGAUCCCAUACCGUUGAUGGGACGCAGUGCCAUAUUGGGUGAUUUGCGCGACAAUGAUUUUUGUGCGGUCGCCUGCGGCAAAGAUGAAAUGAAAGAUCGCACAUAUGCCAUCACCCGGCAGGGUCAUUUGGUGGAGUUCAGUUCACGCCGUUUGCUGGACAAGUGGGUGCAAUGUUGCACAACGAGUGCCAAUUGUUUAACGGUGAAUUCACGUUUCAUACUCGUCGGUUGUGCCGAAGCCAUUAUACGCAUUUUUAAUGCCGCCACACUGGAAUAUGUGACGACAUUGCCGCGCACACAUUAUUUGGGGGUGGACGUGGCGCAAGGUAUACAUAUCAAUCAUAUAAUGGCUGUGCCACCGCAUGCCAAAUACCCGGACUGUGUGGCGAUGGUGUACGAUGAGCAGCGAGCGAAGGUCAGUUGCGUGUACAACGAUCACUCGCUCUACAUCUGGGACAUGCGGGAUAUCAAGCGUGUGGGUAAAUCGCACUCCUUUCUCUAUCAUUCCACCUGCAUUUGGGGCGUGGAAACUGGGCCAUACAACUUGGAGCGUGAGCUAUCGGAUACACUGCCCGAAGAGUCGUUUGUGACGUGCUCCUCGGAUGACACCAUACGCGUGUGGGGCCUUGAUGGUUGUACCAAUACUGAAAACUAUCGCAGAAAUAUCUACUCCAAGGAACUAUUGAAAAUUAUGUACAUCGAUGAAGAAAUGAAUUUUAUAAAGGAUCAAGAUUUAUCGGGCGAUAAGAACUCAAAUACUGCUUAUGGUGGACGUAAUGGCGUACGCUGCAUACGAAUUAGUCUGGAGUUGCAGCAUUUGGCCAGCGGCGAUCGUUGUGGCAAUAUAAGAAUCUAUAAUUUGGCAAACACCAAGCUAAUCAUAACAAUCGAGGCGCACGAAUCGGAAGUGCUAUGUCUCGAGUAUUCGAAUGAGAAGAUCGAACGAAAGUUGUUGGCGAGCGCAAGUCGCGAUCGACUAAUACAUGUGUUCGACGUGUCGCAGGAUUAUUUACUGCUACAGACGUUGGACGAUCAUUCUUCGUCCAUAACAUCGAUAAAGUUUGUAGGAUCGGGACUCAAUUUUCAGAUGAUUUCCUGUAGUGCGGACAAGUCGAUUAUGUUCAGAACGUUUCAGGGCAACAUCUUCUUGCGCGGCACAAACACCUCCGGCAAGACGACGCUGUACGACAUGGAAGUCGAUUCCAAUUCCAAGCACAUACUCACCGCCUGUCAGGACCGCAACAUACGCGUCUACGGCACACAGAAUGCCAAACACACGAAAACCUUUAAGGGCUCCCAUUCGGACGAAGGCAGCUUGAUUAAGCUUAGCCUAGAUCCCAGCGGCAUUUAUGUGGCCACCUCGUGCACAGACAAAACGCUCGCAGUCUACGAUUACUACUCGAAUGAGUGCAUGGCGCGCAUGUAUGGCCACAGUGAGCUCGUCACUGGCCUCAAAUUCACCAAUGAUUGCCGCCAUCUAAUCUCUGCCAGCGGUGAUGGCUGCAUUUUCGUGUGGCAGGUGCCGCAUGAUAUGAUUGUCACCAUGCAAGCGCGUCUCUCACAACAGCGACUCCGUUCCGGCCAUGCGCCACUUCCAGCCCGACCUGGUUCAAUUAUCGCCACACAAGAGGGCAUCAUCAUCGAAUCGCCAACACACGAAAGAGAAGAGUCGGCAACACCACAAAAAUUUACAGCAUCACCGUCCAUGUUCACCGACGAGCAAGCGCUGACGCCGGGCUACAAAUUCUCUGACGGUAGUCAACUGCCGCAGUGGGCGAAGCGCAAGGCCGUGGUCAAUGCAGAUGAGCCGAGUAACGGUGGGGGGGUUGCCAUACCCGGUUCGACGGUAUCUGCCAUGCAAUCUGCCUCGUCCGCCUCCAAUUUAAGCUCCUCACCCAGUCAGUUGGGUGUUGGUGGCGUACCGCGUGCGCGCGGACGUUGGGUGCAACGUGGCCCAUUUGACCCUGACGACCUGCGUUCGAAUUCAGAAAGUCCACUGGGUACUGUGUCAUCGAGCGGCGGCGGCGGCGGCGGCGGCGGUGGUGGCGGUGUUGGUAGCGGCAUCGGUGGCGGAGUUGGCUUGAGUAGUGGCGGUAUAGGCAAUACGCAAACGUCCGACUAUAACAGCGCGUCCUCCAAGGAUAUAAUGUACAACCAGACUUACCUCAGUGAAGAUUCGUCCAUAGACUCGGGUAUGGAGACGCGGCGGGAGUUGAAGUUUAUUGGCAGCAAUAAUACCGGUACAGUGCCAAUAGCGGCUGGCAGUAAUGGUGGCACAACGGCAAAUCGGUUGGUGCCGGAAAAGCGCAAGCCUGGCCUGCGUUUUGAUCCACAAUCCAAUGAGCAUGAUGGUGAUGUGGAGGACAUCUCCGAUGGUGAGCGCACCAGUUCGGAUCACGGCAUGUUCUACAACAACAUAUCGCCCAGCACGCCAACCGACUUCAAAGUCACCGCCAUGAAUGAGGAUGAGCUGCGCAAGUCAAUGCGUCGACAGAAAUUUGAGAAGACUGGCCUUACGCUACCCGGCAAUGGCAGCACACACACAGCCAGCACUGGCACCGGCACAGGCACCUCCGACACUGAAGACGAAGGCUCUACACCGAGCGCUGCGAAUGCCGAACGUUCGCUGGCGUCUACCUUGGGUGGCAGCUCGGAGAGUAUACCAGCAACGACAAGCAGUUUCUUGCAGGCCGCUCUGCCAGAAGGUCCCGGCAGCAUGCUGGAGCGUAGCAGCACAAAUCGACGCAGUAUUAGUGCCAAACACAACACUGAAAACGGCAAGUCUGUGCCCGCUACGCCCACCAUAACCAAAUCGUUCACCAGCACGAAAAAAGACGAGCUGCUAAAGGUGAUCAGCGAAGUGAAGCAACAGCUGGAAAAUGGCGCACGUAAA